AUGGCAACGACAUCAUCACCGGAGUUACACCUUAACAAUCUCCGAGCCAUUAAAGUUUUAGGCAACGGAGCCAUGGGUACUGUCUUUCUUGUUCAUAAUCUCCUCACUGAUCCAUCUGCCCACUGCCCCUUCGCUCUCAAAGUCGUCGAGAAAUGUUCACCGGACGCUAAACAGGACGCCGACCGCCGUGCCCGUUGGGAAGUCUCCGUUCUCGAACGUCUGAAUCGGAAACCUCACCCGUUUCUCCCGUCGUUAAUCGGAUCUUUCGAGACAGAAGAUAUCCUCGCUUGGGCUAUACCGUUUUGCUCCGGAGGUGACCUUAACGUCCUUCGCCACCGUCAGAUAGACCGGGUUUUUUCUCCGGCGGUCAUCCGGUUUUACCUGGCGGAAAUCGUCUGCGCGUUACAGCACCUUCAUAGCAUGGGCAUCGUGUAUCGUGAUUUGAAACCUGAAAACAUUUUGAUUCAACAUUCGGGUCACGUGACUCUCACGGACUUCGACCUCUCACGUGUCCUCGCGCCGAAAUCGUUAAAAUCCUUAAUUCUAUCGUCCGAAGUGCCGGAAAUCCAACCAGUAGUAAACAAACAACACCGGAAGCUGCCACGUUUUUUCCCGGUGAUGGGUCGUGAGAAGACGAAUGUGAAAUUGAAGAAAGCGAAGAGCGCACGUGUGUCUCCGAUGACACGUAGAUAUGGGAGUUUUUCCAACGGCGAAAGGUCGAAUUCCUUCGUUGGAACGGAGGAGUACGUCGCACCGGAGGUUGUGCGCGGCGACGGCCAUGAGUUCGCCGUUGACUGGUGGGCAUUGGGGAUCCUCUCGUACGAAAUGUUGUACGGAACAACUCCAUUCCGUGGGAAAAACCGGAAAGAUACGUUUGGGAGAAUUCUAAUGAUGCCACCGAAGUUCACCGGAAAACCAACGCUGUUGACGGAUUUAAUCACGAAGUUACUAUCGAAAGAACCCACGCGCCGGAUAGGGUACACAAGAGGCGCGUGUGAGAUCCAAGAGCAUCCAUUUUUCGCCGGAUUAAGGUGGGAUUUACUAACGGAAGUGUUACGUCCUCCGUUUCUUCCUUCUAGAGAUGAGUCUGACUUAACGUGUAAUCCAGAUGGUAUCAACAUAACAGCGUAUUUCCAGAAGCUUAGACAACUUCCGUCACCGUUAGAAUCUCCGUCAAGAGAUGACUGUGGAUAUAACGUCUCUUUGACGGAGUUUUAG